AAAGGUUGGAGUUCAACCCGCCCGUCUUCUGGAGGGCAGGAGAAACAAGAUGGCAGAUCAACAAGACAAAACGGACUUGUCUUAGUUAACCAACUUUCCCCACUGUUGAUUUUUCUACACAUUUCAAAUAUACAAUUAGCUAGCCAAAGCAAUCUAGAGCAAACGCCUCUUAUGGUUGAUAUAUCAGCUACUUUAGCGAGAUUUCACAGGUUAGCUGAUUGCGAACUGCCGUUAGACUGCUAGCUAAGCUAAGCUAAGCUAGCUUGUUUCUGUCUGGUCGGAAGCGGGGGUGAGACUGCUAGCUAAGCUAGGCUAGGCUAGCUUGUUUCUGUCUGGUCGGAAGCGGGGGUGAGACUGCUAGCUAAGCUAGGCUAGGCAAGCUUGUUUCUGUCUGGUCGGAAGCGGGGGUGAGACUGCUAGCUAAGCUAGGCUAGGCUAGCUUGUUUCUGUCUGGUCGGAAGCGGGGGUGAGACUGCUAGCUAAGUUAAGUUAGGCUAGCUUGUUUCUGUCUGGUCGGAAGCGGGGGUGAGACUGCCAUCAUGCAGGACCUGAUAGCCACCGUGGACCACAUCAAGUUUGAUCUAGAGAUAGCUGUGGAGAUGCAGCUGGGGGCUCAGCCUCUCCCUUUCCCCGGGAUGGACAAGUCCGGGGCUGCUGUGUGUGAGUUCUUCAUGAGAGCAGCCUGUCUCAAAGGUGGGAUGUGUCCUUUCCGUCACAUCAGUGGGGAGAAGACAGUGGUGUGUAAACACUGGCUCAGAGGACUCUGUAAGAAGGGAGAUCAGUGUGAGUUUCUACACGAGUACGACAUGACCAAGAUGCCCGAGUGUUACUUCUACUCCAAGUUCGGAGAGUGCAGUAACAAGGAGUGUCCGUUCCUCCACAUCGACCCAGAGUCUAAGAUCAAAGACUGCCCCUGGUAUGACAGAGGCUUCUGCAAACAUGGUCCAGACUGCAGACACCGCCACACCAGAAGAGUGAUCUGUAUGAACUACUUGGUCGGGUUCUGUCCAGAGGGCCGGUCCUGUAAAUUCAUGCACCCGCGGUUUGACCUGCCAAUGGGAGCCACCGAACAGCCUCCUCUACCAGCACAGAUACUGGGACACCAGAAGCCGUUGCCUUCGCUUGGCCGCUCGUCCCUGUCACUCAUCCAGCUGACCAAUCCCGGUGGAGGGGCGGGCCCUCACCAGCAUCAACACCAUCAACGCCAGCCGUACUCCUCCGGUCCCAGCAUGCAUCAGCACCACAACAACAUGGGAGGAGGGAACAGGGGGCCGCGUCCACUAGACCAGGUCACCUGCUACAAGUGUGGUGAGAAGGGCCACUACGCCAACAAAUGCACCAAAGGACACCUGGCCUUCCUCAGCGGACAGUAACGUUCUCACAGCCCCGUGGUUCCCGUGGUUGGACUCAUUUCAGCUGGAAGACAACGAGAGCAGAGCCACAAAAAAAACACAACAACAACAACAACAACCCUUCUGUAGUUUGAGAUGAUGUUAAGUCCUCAGGAACCCUCCGUCUCUAGAUCCGUCAGACUGGAGGACGAGAGAGAGAGAGAGAGAGAGAUGAAGCGUCUACGGUCUCCCAGGAAACGAGCUGAUUGUUUCCGACUGCGUCCUCUGUGUGUUUGUACUGCUGCUGUUUCUGAUGUCCGCUUUGAUCGAAUCUUUCGGUUGGUCCUAAACCCCCCCCCCCCCUCCUUUUAAACCUCUCAGACACUUU